AUGAUGCCUUCUUCUGUGCUACCAGCCCAAGGAGAUGACCUGGAUUCCUGUAUAUUAAGAUUUCCAGACUUGGAUUUAAAAGACACAAACCUCAUUUCUCCUAAUAGUAGUCUCAGAGCUGAAUUAGAUGCUCAUAUGAGGAAAAAGUAUGCACAUGCAAAGAAAAAGGCAUUUGCCCUUUUGGUCAAAACAAAGGAAAUUCCAGAACCCACCAGCUGCUCUUCAUCUCCCUGCAAAAGAGUGUGGUGGACAUGCUGCCAGCAGAUCUUCAAAGACCAAAUUGGCAUCCACAAACAUAUAGCUGCCCAGCACAGGGAAGAUGUUUAUCAUCAGACCUCUACUGUUUUAAAGCAACUGGCUGCUGAGGCUAGCACCCCCAAGACCUGCAAAUCUGCAGACAAGACAAAUGGACUAAAUGUGCCCCCUACCUGUAACCAUCAAGUGUCUGAUGACCUCCCAGAUGUGAGCUCCUUUAGGCUUGAUGAACUGAUAAGUACGCAAGAUAGCAAUCAGGGAGUAGUAUUAUUAUAUUAUUGUUACUGUGAUGUAGAAGAUCCAGAAUGGGUUUGUGCUUGGCAGAAAGCUCUGUGCCAACACCUGCAUCUCAAAGGAAAGGUUCGGAUUGCUACAGAAGGAAUCAAUGGAACAGUGGGUGGGAGCAAAUUAGCAACUGAUCUUUAUAUGGAGGCCAUGCUUUCUCAUCCAUUGUUUAAGAAUAUCUUAUGUAAGGAAGAUUUUAAGACCAGCAAAGGAGGAGCUUACUGUUUUCCAGAACUUCGUGUUGGUGUAUUUGAAGAAAUCGUGCCCAUGGGAAUCAAUCCCAAUAUGAUCUCCUACAAAGAACCUGGAAUCCAUUUAUCCCCUGGUGAAUUUCAUAAAGAAGUUGAAAAUUAUUUAUAUCAGGGUAAUCAAGAGCAAAAUGACACUAUUCUGCUGGACUGCAGGAACUUUUAUGAGAGUAAAAUAGGACAUUUCCAGAAGUGCCUGGCACCAAACAUCAGGAAAUUCAGUUAUUUUCCCAGUUAUGUGGACAAAAACCUAAAACUUUUUAAGGACAAGCGUGUACUGAUGUACUGUACUGGGGGUAUUCGUUGUGAGAGGGGUUCUGCCUACCUUAGAGCUAAGGGAGUAUGCAAGGAAGUAUACCAGCUGAAGGGUGGCAUCCACAAGUACCUGGAAGAGUUUCCUAAUGGUUUUUAUAAAGGGAAACUGUUUGUCUUUGAUGAACGCUAUGCUCUCUCUUACAAUAAUGACAUAGUUUCAGAAUGUACGUAUUGUGGAGCCCAGUGGGAUCAGUAUAAACUGUGUUCCACCUUACAUUGCUGCCAACUCGUCUUGUCCUGUUCAGAAUGCCAAGAGAAAGGACUUACAGCAUGUUGUCUCACUUGUCAGGAUAAAGGAGUCAAGCUAAUUUCAAGUCCUGCUCAGAACAGUUUUAAAGAAGAAUGUGAUUGUACACUAAAAAGGCCCCGUAUACCAAUUGAACUUUCACAAUAA